ACCAACCUUUCGCACCCUGCUCUCUCUAUUAAUUCUCACUCAUUCUAGAAGCUUAAACAAUAGUGAAAGCUAUCGAUGACGAACCAGCAGCAAAAACAAUCUCCACGUCCUUCCAUGCUCUCCUCUUCCAGUUCCCAGCUCUUCCGAUUUCUCUCGAACUUCCUUCUCUUUGGCCUCGGUCUAGCCGUCGGGUUCAUCUCCAGCUUUUACCUCAAAGCCAUCCCCUUCCCUCUCCAAGCAUCCAAAAUAUCCUUCCUCUCUUCACCUCCAUCUCCAGUACUGCCGCCACCGUCGCCACAACCAGUAGUCCCCAAUGUGACCUCCGUUGCUAAGGAGCGUGUGGGACUAAAGGGAUAUGUGGAGCCAAUCAAGGUCAUGCAUGACAUGACCGACGAGGAGUUGCUAUGGAGGGCGUCGAUGGUGCCGAGGAUCAAAAGCCAUCCCUACCGCCGAGUUCCUAAGGUUGCUUUCUUGUUUCUCACUAGGGGCCCGCUUGCCUUCUCUCCACUAUGGGAGAUGUUCUUCAAAGGACAUGAAGGAUUCUAUUCAAUCUACGUGCACGCCGAUCCUUCCUUCAACGAGUCAGCACCGGAGGGUUCGGUGUUCCAUGGCCGGAGAGUCCCUAGCAAGGUGGUGAAGUGGGGGCAAUUAAGCAUGAUGGAAGCUGAACGCCGCCUAUUAGCAAAUGCCCUACUCGACUACUCAAACCAGCGCUUCAUCCUCCUUUCCGAAUCAUGCAUUCCUCUCUUCAACUUCUCCACCAUUUACUCCUACCUCAUUAACUCUACCCAAACCUAUGUCAGUUCCUACGAUGAUCCGGGGCCUAACGGCCGUGGUCGAUACAAUAUUAGAAUGAAACCACGUGUGAAGUUGCAAGAAUGGCGCAAAGGCUCUCAGUGGUUUGAGGUGGACCGGGCCCUUGCAAUUGAGAUAAUUUCUGAUGAAAAAUAUUUUCCUGUCUUUAAGAAAUACUGCAGGCCCUCGUGCUACGUUGACGAACAUUAUUUGUCAACAUUUGUGAGCAUGAGAUUUUGGUGGAGAAAUGCGAAUAGGAGCUUGACUUGGGUUGAUUGGUCAAAAGGGGGGCCACACCCAGCAAGGUUUGGAAGAUUGGAUGUGACAACUGAGUUAUUGGAGAGGAUGAGAAAUGGGAGUACAUGCAAUUAUAAUGGCAGGACUACGAGCGUUUGCUUCUUAUUUGCUAGGAAGUUCCUACCAAACUCCUUGACUCGGUUGAUGAGAUUUGCUCCAAGAGUUUUGGGCUUUCAAACUUAGGAGAUCCAUCAAAGAUGGCCAUGAAGACCCAUAAUGAUUGUUUAUAAGGAAAAGUAGCUUGCACAGGGAAAAGAUUUUUUGAACCAAAUUUUUUGCAAUUGUUGUAAUAAAGAAACCUAAAUUAAGGUUGCCCUCAAAAGAUAGCGUUCUUUUAUUC